AUGUUGCAACUUCGAGUCCUAGGGAUGAACAGCGGCACCUGCAUGGACGCCAUCGACAUCUCGCUGGUUGAAUUCAGGCAGGAGUCUCCAGACGCGCCCUUGUAUAUGAUACCUCUGAAAUAUGACGAGCUGCCUCUGAACGACAAAGACAAGCGUGACACCCUGCGACUGAUUGUGGAAAACAGGUCCAGCCCCCAGGAGCUUUGCGAGCUCAACUUCCGGCUCGGCCACAUGUUUGCCGAUGCCAUUGAUCGCUUUGCGCGGGAACAAAAUGUUGAUCUCUUACGAGAUGUCGAUCUGGUUGCGAGCCAUGGCCAGACGAUUUGGCAUCAGCCCGAUCCGGGUCCAGGAGAGACAAAAUCGACCUUGAUGUUUGGGGAGCCGACUGUUCUUGCACACCGGACUGGGAAAACCACUGUCAAUGAUUUCCGAGCCGCCGAACAACAAGUUGGUCGACAAGGUGCACCGCUGGCAUGUUUCCAGGAUGCCCUCGCCCUCGUACAUCCCAGCCUUACCAGAGUCAGUCAGAACAUAGGUGGGAUUGGGAAUUGUGCGUUUGUGCCGGCCGAAAAGGACGGCGGGAUCGAUGAGGCCUACGAUUUCGAUACUGGCCCUGGAAAUGUCCUCAUAGACGCUGCUGUGAGGUAUUUUUCAGGUGGGGAGAGAGAGUAUGACAAGGAUGGAGAAAUGGGUGCCAGAGGAAAAGUAUACCAGCCUUUUGUGGACGAGUUUCUGAAGAACCCAUAUUUCGAUAGAAAGCCUCCAAAAACGACAGGUCGUGAAUUGUUCGGGGACGAUACGGCUAUAAAAAUGAUUGAAAGGGGCCGGUCGCUCGGCCUCUCGGAUGAUGAUAUGGUCGCAACAAUAACAAGAAUCACGGCAGCAUCCAUAGUGCUAUCAUACCAGCGAUUCGGACCCAAGCAACCACUCGACGAGAUCUAUUUCUGCGGUGGCGGUUCGUUCAACCCCAACAUUCGAGCAUAUAUCCAAGAAUGCUUUCCCAACGCACGACUCUCUCUGCUCGACAAAUGCGGCAUCACCGCGGCAUCCAAAGAGGCAACCUCGUUUGCUUUUAUGGGGUUGGAAUGCCUUCUGGGCCGUCCCAUGAUCGUACCCAGUAUCGAGCCCCAGGAACCAGUCAUAUGUGGCAAGAUUACACCAGGAAGAAACUAUGGCGAGCUUAUAGUGAAGGUUGCAGCUUUCCAUGAAGCCUGGAGCAAGACAGCAAAUUCCACAAAGGCGAAUGGAAUGAAUGGGACGAACAGUAUAAACAAGAAAGCAGUUGGGAAGAGUCACGCCUCGUGGCUGCCGGCGGUACGAGACUUGAGGGUAAAGGAUAAUCUAACGAGGGAGAAGGAGCAGAAGGACCUGGUGUUCAUGGACGUCAGGCAUGCGAAGUGUUGA